AUGGUCAAGGAAAUUAAAUCCGAUUCACAAUUUACAUCCGAACUUGCCAGCACAAACAAACUGGUAGUGGUGGACUUCUUUGCCACGUGGUGUGGUCCUUGCAAAAAAGUUGCUCCGAUCUAUGAACAGCUCGCCAAUCAAUACCAACAAGAUGCCGUCUUUCUUAAAGUAGAUGUCGAUAUUUGCCAACAAACUGCUGCUCAAUGUGAAAUUUCUGCCAUGCCAACGUUUGUGCUUUUUAAGAAUAAGAAGAAGCUGGACCAAGUGGUCGGUGGAGACAUGAACAAACUCAAUCAAUUGAUUAUGAAAUACAAGGGAGCAAGUUCUUCCUCUAGCAAUGGAACAAGCUCUCAGGUUGAAGAUAAUGAACCCAUUCCAACUCAUCUUAGCACAGCAGAGGAUUUCAAAGAAGAAGGCAACAAGCGAUACAAGAAAGGAUCUUACAAGAAGGCUGCUGAGUGUUAUUCAAAGGCCAUUGAACUCGAUCCCAGUCAGGCACCCAUCUACACCAACAGAGCAGCAUGCUAUUUACAACUACAACAAUACAAGAAAGUCAUUGAGGACGCACUAAAGGCUCAACAAUUGGAUAGUAAAUUUGCAAAGGCCUACCUCAGAGCAGGUCAAGGCUAUUUACAAAUGGGUAAAACAAAAGAAGCAAAAGAACAAUUUGAGUUGGGCCUUAAAAUUGAGCCAAACAGUGAUCUUUUAAAAAAGGAACGAGAUACAGCUGUGAAAAUUGAAAAACACUUGGAGAAUGCUAAAAAUUUCCUUUCUCAAGGACUCUACAAGGAAGCUAGUGCUGAGAUUGAUUUGGCAUUACAACUUGCUCCACACUCGACCAUUUUGAAAUUAGUCAAAAUUGAAUCUCUCAUUGGUUUAAGAGAGUUUGAUACAGCUGCUAAAGAAGCUUCCACCAUUCUUCGAGAUGUUGACAGUAAUAAUUCUGACGCUUUAUUUUUGAGAGGUCAAGCACUCUAUUAUGCAGGAAACACAGAUAGCGGGCUCAAUCACAUCACACAAGCACUCAAUUUGGACCCUGACAAUCAAAAAUGUAUUCAAUUCAGAAAGCAAAUUAAGAAAAUUGAAGCCUUAAAGGAAGAAGGUAACACACUUUUGCGAAAUGGAAAAUACCAAGAGGCUUAUAACGAGUAUACCAAAGCAAUCGAAAUUGAUCCAAAGAAUGCAAAUUUGAAUGCUGUAUUGUAUUGUAAUCGAGCUGCAGCUGCAACUAAAUUGGGUAAACACGAUGUGGCUAUCAAGGAUGCCACCAAGGCCAUUGAAUUGAACGAUAGUUACUUGAAGGCCUACAUGCGUAGAGGUUCGAGCUACAUUGAGCUUGAACAAUAUGAAGAUGCCAUGCGUGACUACAACAAGGCUCACGAAUUAGAUAAGGAUAAUGAAGAAAUUGAACAAAAAUUGAAAGAGGUACGAAAAUUAUACAAACAAAGCAAGAAGAAGGAUUAUUACAAAAUUCUAGGAAUUGAAAAAUCUGCUUCCACGGACGAAAUUAGAAAGGCAUACAAGAAGCUUGCAAUGCAAUGGCAUCCAGAUCGAUAUAUUGAUGAAGAGGAGAAGAAGAAUGCCGAAAACAAAUUUAAAGACAUUACAGAGGCACACAGCAUUUUGUCAGAUCCUCAAAAACGACAACAAUAUGAUUCUGGUGCAAUGGAUGCUGAUUUCGAAGGUGGAUUCCAUGGUGGUGACAUGAACGAUAUUUUCAGAAUGUUCUUUGGUGGCAUGGGUGGCAUGCACAUGGGAGGUGGUUUUGGUGGAAUGAGUGGAGGUGGUUUUGGAAGAAGAGGUGGUGGUAUGGGUGGAGGUCAAUUCUUCUUUUAA